AAGAGAGUAAUUAAAUCUUAUUUCUGUUGCCAGGACAAUGUGGAUCUGGGGGAUUUGAUGUUUUCUCUAUGCUACCUGCCCACUGCCGGACGGCUGACCAUCACCAUGAUCAAAGCACGAAAUCUGAAAGCCAUGGACAUCACUGGAGCUUCAGACCCUUAUGUGAAAGUUUCUCUGAUGUGUGAAGGUCGAAGACUGAAGAAAAGGAAGACCUCCACCAAGAGGAACACAUUAAACCCUGUGUACAAUGAAGCUAUAGUGUUUGAUGUCCCUCCAGAGAACAUUGACCAAAUCAGCCUUCUCGUAGCUGUUAUGGACUAUGAUCGUGUAGGUCACAAUGAGGUCAUUGGUGUGUGCCGAGUAGGUAAUGAUGCCGAGGGUUUGGGAAGAGAACACUGGAAUGAAAUGCUGACUUACCCACGCAAACCCAUCGCACACUGGCAUCCUCUCAUCGAGGUAAGAACACAUGGACAUCCUCGAAUUUAAUACUUAUUUGUGCAACAGGCCUAAUAUACCAGGCAUGAAAGUGAAUGUCCCAAAUACAGAAUUCCAAUUUUAAAUAUGAAAUUAUAAAAACUGUGAUUUGUUUGAUAUUCUGUUUAAAUCCCUUGUAUAGUUUUACAAAGACAGCAGGUAUCUUUUCAAUGUACUGUAUAUAACU